GAAUAACGGAUUCUGAUGAUGAGAUUCAGAAGGGAAUUUGGCAAAAAAUUAACUCGCUUCAAAAAGAGUUGAUACACCCACGCGAUAUCCGUGAGCGAAUGCCAUUAAUGUAUUCACCUGAAUCAACAUUGGAUAAUAUGAGCAUAGAAUACCACACAUAUUUGUGUAUGCUGCGACACUACUAUUCACAUUUUUAUGGCAACAUUUUAGAAUGUCAAUUCGCAUCGGAAUGUUUAAGUGAUGCAGAACUAUUGAUGAAUAAUCAAGAUUUUAAAGUCGGAAUAAAACUGACACCAACCGCUGCGAUCCUUGCAUCACGUGGCUUACUAUUCGCGCAUAUACAAUUUUUUGACAAAGACAAAAUUCCUUUAUUUACUAGACUACCAUCAACGAAAGAUUUCAGGGAACACAUAUCAAAUGAGCGUUUUGAAAAUGAAGGCAGAUUUGCUCAAUAUUUUCGAGAGAAACCGAUUGCACGAUUAACAUCUGAUGACACUUUGAAAACCGAGAUUGCUCCUCUUAUGGGUAAAAUGGUUGAUAGUCUUCGAAUGGACGAACUUCAAAAGCAAUUUCUCAAAAAAGUUAUUUCAUAUGAUAAAAAUUGGUGA